CUGGCGGGAAAUCUGUUCACCUGCUUGCACUGGGAGAGAAGAGCUGGCUCUCUAAGCACAGCUAAACUGUGAAAGAGCUGUCAUUCAUCAAGAUUGAAACCUGUGAAAUGGUUCAAAUCCUCAUCUCAAGCCCAGAGGAAGGAAGCCCUGGGGAAUGGAUGCUGAUUGAGCUGCAGGGGGAGAUAGAGUCACGCCAAAACACUGGCCUGGCUGGGAGCCUAAUGGGGGAUCUGCAUUACACCAAAGAGGGGGUUCCUGUUCUUAUAGUAGGACAUCAUAUCCUGUAUGGGAAGGUCGUCAAACUGGAGAAACCUUUUGCAGUCCUUGUGAAGCGAUCUGGACACCAGGAGGAGGAUGGGAACGCCAUGGAAACAGGCGAAGCGAAGCCCUCCACCAAUUAUCAGGUCACAGCACUUAUCAAGAAAAAAAUUAUCUUUAAAACUCGCCCAAAGCCCAUCAUCACUAAUGUGCCUAAGAAAGUAUAGCACUGUGGACUCGCAGGGUUGUACAAACAGGACACAGAGGGAUGUCUAUUGUUUGCUGUAAGUUAUAUUGCACCCCCAUGCCUUUUUCCAUUCUGGAGACCUGGGUUCAGGGCAAAAUUAUUUUGGUCUCAGCAUUGGUCCAGACAAGUGGCAGUGUAUUUGAGGGAAGCUUAGGACAGAAUGGCAAGGGGUGUUCAGGGCAAGAUUCAGGUAUGAUUGAAGAACUGUGAGGUACUCUCAUGAGCACUAAAUUCACUGGGUGGGGGUGGGACAUUUUACACAAAUUAAUUUGAACGUGGCAGGGCAAUAGCAUUACACGAUUUUCCACAGAUCUGCUGUGUAUCAGGGCAGAGCCAGAACUUGCAGCACCUAUCCAAUUUCAUGUGACCAAGAGGGUGUUUGGUUUGAGUUUACAUUUUGUUAUGUUUUUGUUAUGUUUUAUAUUAGUAUAUAUAAUGUCUUUAUAGAUCUAUUGUAAAGAUUGCUUGGGGAAAGGGGGCUAUGGUUACAGUUUCACAAGAACAUGUGAUGUCUCUUCUUAUAGAUGCUGUAUGUAUUGUAUUUUUCCUCCUUUUCUUUGCUGUACAAGGCACACACUCCUUCCCUCCCCUGCAUAUAUAUGCACUGGAGAAUUUUGAAUCACAAGCUCUAACUGAUGUUACUCGGACAACAGUAUACUGUGCCAGUCACUAUUAAUAAUUGCCCUAGUAAUAAUUUUUACGGUUUCAGGAAUACAUAAAUUCAAUAAAUAAACUGUUAGCCAUAUCUCUUAAAUUCUGUAACACUUAACUGUGGGGGAGAAAAAAAAACAAAAAAACACACACACACACACACACACACAAUACAUUCCAGAGAGGUUUAUUGAAAAACAAAACAAGUUGAAACCUAAACCAUUUUUAACGCUUUUAAAAUGUAUGCAAAAAUAAAUACAUAUUUUGAAAAAAUUAUUGUAAAAAAAUCUUUUUUUCUAACUUUCUAACAUGAAAUUCAGCGAGGUACAAAGAUCACUCUUUACCAGCAUCCAUGGUAUUAAAUAUACAGUUUAAAAAAAAAAUAAUAAUAAUAAUAGAAAAAUAUUUAAGUUUUUUUUCCUUUUUUUUUUUUUUUUUUUUUUUUUUACCUUAUGUAAACUUGUAAUUUAAAUGCAACUGUUAUGUUAACGUCAUUUCCUUAACUUUAUUUUAACUGUGGUAACAUAUGAAAAGAUACAGGGGUGAUUAAAGUCAGAUGGCCUCAUUGCAAUUAACUGUAGAGAUGGAACCUUGCCACCUGUAGCCUGGCAUAUGUGACACAUGUAAUUGAGGUUAGAUCAUGUGUUAGCAUCAUCUAAUGAUCUUCGACUUUGAAAACAAGUUUAUUUUUUUUUUGUUGGUAAUAUACUGCUGUGCACUGAAUGGCACUGGUUCUGGAGGGCCAUUCCACUCCAGGUUUAACAGAUACAAUGAGAUAAUUAACUAAUUGGUCUGGGUGGCGGUUUAAUUGGUUCAAUUAUACCCUUUAGAACAAGGUUGGAAGUGCCAGCUUUGACCACUCCUGCAUGAGACUGGCUGAUCGAGCUGACAUUACAUAUGACAUUACAUACAUAUACGGCAACUGGAACUGAAGAGCAGUGCCUGAUCUAAUAAUCAAUGUACUUUAACACAGACUUAUCCAAAAAAGAACUAUUAGGAAUGAUUAUUACAUUACGAAAAUGUAAGGGGGCAGUUAAAAAUAACAAACCUGCUUACUCUUUAAGGUAAAACCUGAUAUGUCCUGGAAAAUAACUGGUAUAAGGAAACUAAAAGACUGAUUAACUGCUUGUACAAGGAAGGAAGGGUGCAGCGCCAUAAACAUGUAUACCCUUCUGUCUAAAUGAGACAUUUCAGCAAACCACCAGAUUGAAAUGAACAUUAUUUUUACAUAAUUGUACUGACUAUUCCUUGUAGUGCUCCACCAAACACUAGAUGGCAGUAGUGGGUUCAAAUGUUAGGUUUCCAGUUGGCAAUGCUGUGGAAAUAUAACACAAGCUCUGCUAUAGAAAAUGAAAAAAUAACUCAAAAGAAAUACUGCACCUAAUGGACUAGACUCAGGGGCAGUGAUGUUCAAUGAGCAAUUAUGCUUUCAUUGUCCAUUCUACUGAACUAUUUUCUAAAAUGAUACUAUCAAAGCUACCCCAAUGCGCAAUUUAUUAUAAUAAUAAUAAUAAUAAUAAUAAUAAUAAUAAUAA